AUGAAUUUAAUGGAAGAUCCAAAUUUCAAAACAAAAUAUCAUAAACAUAAAAUUCGUGUUAAACUUUGGGAGAGUGACUUCAUGGAGAAAUUUGGGCGUAAACCAAAUAAAAAUGAUAUUAAAGUAGCCGAUAUGACAAUUCGUGAGGCAUAUAAAAUGUAUUGGAAAUUAAAAACUAAAGCUCUAGAAGAAACAUUAACUGAUAUUACUUUUUGCAAAGAUACAGUGGAUAAUAUCUCAUCCGAUUAUAGUUUUUCAAAAUCAAUGCAACAUCCGAAACCUCAAGAAGUACAACAAAAAAAUAUACUAAUUGACUCUAAAUCUGUAGAAUUAGUAAAUAAUCAUGCAAAUAAUUGUUUAUCUGAAAUUACAAGCAUUUCAAGCUAUGUAACAAACAAGACAAAUAUGGAAAACCCUUUAGAUCAUAUUGCUUUAAAACAAAAUUGUAUUAAAAAAAAUCAAACUGUCUUUAUGGAAAGGUCUUCUUCGUUUCAAUUAUCACAAAAUAUGUGUAAAUCACUCACAUUUUCAAAACGAAACCCUAGGAAAUCCUUUUCUUUUUCAAAAUUUAAUGCACAACAACUUGAAUUAGAUUUAUUUUCCUCUCAAAAUAAUGUUUUUAAAUCAGGAUCCUUAAAUUACAUUCAGCCAUCUAAAGAAAAUUUUUUAACACAUUCUAUGUUGAACAAUCAGUCAUUCACAGAUGAUGAAGAUUAUAUUUGUAACAGUGAUUCAGAAGAAGAUCGUAAAAAUAAACGUAUUCGAAAUUUAAAAAAAAUUGUUUAUGAUAAUGGUUUAGAACCAAAUAUUGAUAUAAUCAAAGACAACAUGAAAAAUACAAUGAAUCAAAUGGUUAUAAAAGAUAUAACAGGUUUUUCAUCAGUACUUAAUCCAUUAAAUUAUCAAACAAAGAAUUUUUCAAUAAAUCUUAGGUCAAAUAAUAAAAGAAAAUCAAAACAAAGUAUAUCUACAGAAAAACUGAAUGAAAAUUUCGUUAAACUAAAUCUAAAAAAAAAAAAAUUUGUUCAUGGCAAAAAGGUAUUUAACAUAUCAAAAUAUAAAAAGAAUCAGUGGAAAGAAAAAAAGAAAGAAAGAAAUUUUUAUGAAACUAAUGUGAAUAUAUCAGAUUCGAUAUUUGUAAAUAAUAAUCUUUUAUGUUAUAAAUGUGGUGAAUCAGGCCAUUUUUCUAGAGAUUGUAAAAAUUUAAAUGAUUGUUUAUCACAAAAUGCAACCACAGAUAUUUCUGUUUACCCAACAUUAAAAGAAUUUGAAGAUUUGACAAAAUUAAAUGCAGUUAAAAUUUGUCAUCAAUCUGUUACAGCUAUGCAAUGUGACAACAUGACAACUAUAAAAUCAAAUAUAAUAGUUCAUUCUGGAGAUUGGAAAAAUAAUCAAAACUUAUAUAUGUUAGAGAAACCAAAAUUAGUUAUUACCAAUGUUCAUGAAAAUAUCCUGAAAAAGACUUGGGAAAUAAAUCCAUUAUAUGAAUUGGAGUCGGAUUAUUGUCUCAAAGAUACACCUCUAGAAGUUUUGAUAGCCUUAAAAAAAUUUGGUUACAACGAAUUUCGUGAAGGGCAGGAGAAGGCAAUAAUGAGAAUUUUAUCAGGACAAUCGACCCUUGUCGUUUUGCCUACUGGCUUGGGGAAAUCCUUAUGUUAUCAAUUACCAGCUUACAUGUAUGCUAAAAAGUAUACAUGCAUAACAUUAGUUAUUUCUCCAUUAAUAUCUUUAAUGAAUGAUCAAGUAUCUAGAAUGCCAAAUUUUUUACAAGCAGCCUGUUUACAUACUAAUCAGAGUUCAAAAGAACAAGAAAAAGUGUUAGAAAAUUUAAAAAAAAGAAAACUCAAUAUUUUACUAAUUUCACCGGAAUUCAUAAUUAGUGGAGAAAAAUUAAAUAGUCUUAGAAAUAUAAAGCAUUCGUUACCUCCGAUUGCUUUUGCUUGUAUAGAUGAAGUACAUUGUAUUUCACAGUGGUCUCACAAUUUUCGUCCAUCUUAUUUAACAGUCUGUAAAGUGUUAAAAGAGCAAUUAGGAGUUGAAGUAACAUUAGGUUUAACAGCAACAGCAAGCAAUACUACAGUUAUGAAUAUUAUACAUUUUUUGAAUAUUAAAGAUGGAAUAGCUGGUGUUGUAUUAGAACGAUCGCUACCUUCGAACUUAUGUUUAACGAUUUCUCAAGAUCAACACAAAGAGGAAGCUUUAUUCAAAUUUUUACAAAGUGAAAAGCUGAAAAAGUGCAAAUCUAUUAUUAUAUACUGUAUACGUCGCGAAGAAUGUACUAGGGUAGCUAAAUUUCUUCGUAUGUCAUUAUCUAAUUUUACAUUAAAGCAAUUCAACUCAAAAACUAAAAUUUCAUCAGUCGUAGAAGUUUAUCAUGCCGGCCUUUCAUCUUAUCGACGAAAAAUUAUUCAAAUAGCAUUUAUGAAAUCUGAAAUACGUAUAAUAGUAGCAACUAUAGCUUUUGGUAUGGGUCUUAAUAAAUCUAACAUUAAUGCUGUUAUUCAUUUCAAUAUGCCAGCGAGUUUUGAAGGAUAUGUACAAGAAAUUGGUCGAGCUGGUAGAGAUGGUUCUUUAGCUUAUUGUCACUUAUUUUUAAAUCCGAAGAAAAAUUUAGAUGAAUACGAAUUGUGUCGUCAUAUAAAUGCCAAUGGAAUAGAUAGGUAUACAAUUAGACGUUUACUUCAAAGAAUAUUUAUACCAUGUAGUUGUAUCAAUUCUUAUACAGAGUUGCGUUGCAAAGGGCAUGAGAUUGGUUUUUCCAUAGAUGAAACUGUAAAGCUUUUAGAUAUAUCAGAAGAAAUAAUAACUACACUCUUAUGUUAUCUUGAGCUACAUCCAAAACAUUUCAUUAAGUUGUUGCCUCCAUCACUUAUUAAUACUGAGAUUUAUAGUCAUAAAGGGUCUAAUCUACUUGAAGUGGCUGCACAAUCUUCACAAACAUUAACAAUGGCUCUAGCUUUAUUAAAAAAGAAUGGAACUUAUAAUGAAAAUAGUUCUACUGUUAAAUUUUCAGUAAUUGAUGUUGCUGCAGCAAUCGGAUUGGAUAGUGAUGAACUGAAAAGUCAAAUAAAAAAAUUAGAAUGGACCACUGAAAAUAAUAAAACUAAAAGAUCAUCAAUAUCUGUUCAAUUCAAUACACGAGGUUUUCGAGUUAUAGCUUCUGGUGAUUUAAGUAAUGAUGAAUUGGAAGAAGCUCUUGAAUCAUUAAGUCAACAAAAUCAAUUACAUAGUACAAUCAGCUUGCAAAGACUUAAAUCUAUUAAUUCAACAAUGCGAAAAUACAGUUUUACGUCAAUAGAAGAGUGUAUUCAUCUAAAUCAAGAAACCCAAUUAAGAUCUGAAGAAAUAAAAAAUACUAUACGUAAACAUUUUGAAUUUAACGAAUCUACAACAGAUAUUUCUGAUACUUUAGAGAUUGAUCUACAAAAUGAAGAUCAUAUUGUGGCAGACAUACGUAAUUUAAUUUUAAGUUAUAAAGAUGUUAGCUUUACAGGUAGAAGUGUCGCACGUAUUUUUCAUGGAAUUCAAAGCCCAAAUUAUUCUGCUAUUAUUUGGUCUAGAUGUCGAUUUUGGAGAUCUCAUGUUACUGAAGAUUUCAAUGUAAUAUGUCAAUUAGCUAAAAGAGAAAUAUUAAAAUAUAAAAAAAUGUAAAAUAU